AACAAAGAACCAUUAUGACAACCUUGAUUAAACCAUCUUCUUCAACCACAUUUUUUUUCCAUUAAAACAUUGGUGUACAUGAAACAAAUAUAUAUCUUUUACUAGUAAAAGGUAGGUUGAAUUGCUCAUAGGCCUUCAUUGUAGUAAAAUCCUCCUAGAAAAAAAAAACAUUUUAGUAAAAAAAAUAAUUCAAAACCCUAAAUUAAAUCAAAUCUAAUCUAAUAAAUAGGAAAAAACAAAAUACAGAUGAUGUCAGUUUUGCCGCUUUGUAACAGAAACCAGUUCGUCUCACACUGAUCUCAACGCUGCCGGAGUUUGUUCAUCGUCGUCGGAAGUUAGGAUGGGUGCUCCGAAGCAGAAAUGGUCAGCAGAAGAGGAAGCGGCGCUUAAGGCUGGAGUUGUCAAGCAUGGGGUGGGUAAAUGGCGCACAAUACUCAAGGAUCCUGAGUUUAAUUGUGUCUUAUAUAUUCGCUCAAAUGUUGAUCUAAAGGAUAAAUGGAGAAAUUUAAGUGUGAUGGCAAAUGGAUGGACUUCUAGGGAGAAGGCUAAGGUAUCAAUCAGAAGGGUGCAUCAUCAGGGAUCAAGACAUGAUGACAACCCUAUGGCUGUCACUCCUGUUACUCCAAGUGAUGAUGAAAUUGUUGAUGUUAAGCCUCUUCAAGUUUCAAGAGAUAUGCAAAUUCCUGGUCCAAGAGGGCCUAUUGUAAGAUUGGAUAACCUUAUCAUGGACGCUAUAUCUUGCUUGAAUGAGCAUGGUGGUUCUAAUAAAACAACUAUUGCUGCUUUCAUAGAGGAUCAAUACUAUGCACCGGAAGACUUCAAAAAGAUGUUGUCUGCAAAACUGAAAUAUCUUACAUCUAGGGGAAAACUGAUCAAGGUGAAACGUAGGUAUAGGAUUGCACCUACCCCAGCAUAUUCAGACAGAGGAAGACGCUCUCCCAUGUCAUUAUUGGAAGGGAGGCAGAGAGGCUCUUUCAGAUUUGACAUGAGUCGGAUCAAUAUGCCUACACAGUCUGAGAUAGAUAUAGAGUUAGAAAAGAUAAGGUCCAUGUCCGCCGAAGAGGCAGCUGCAGUUGCUGCUCGAGCAGUCGCUGCAGCAGAAGCUGCCUUAGCGGAAGCUGAAGAAGCAGUGCUGGAGGCAGAGGCUGCAGAAGCAGAAGCAGAUGCAGCGGAAGCUUUUGCAGAAGCUGCAAGGAAAACAGAGAAGGAGACAAAAUCCCUAAAGAUGGUGCACCCUGCUUGAUUGAAGUCUGAAGAAUGAGACAUGAGGAGAGAGAUCUGUGGUGUUGGGUUGAACUGACAGCCAGAUUAAUAUGUUACAUAUAUUACAUAUACUAUUUAUAUGUAAAGUGACUAUGCAGACUUAGCCUUUAUCAUUAGAUUUUAGUGAAGAAUUAGACCUUGAAAUAAAUGUCGUUCUUGUUGUAGAUGUAGAUAGAAACAUUGUUUUGAAUGUUGUAAUUUUCUUGAGCGCGGUUGUUUCCUGUAGCGCUUUGCGUAUACCCCUUGCAGAAAGUAGAUCUUUAGAUGAAUUGGAAUCUUUUCAAAUUUCUGCAAAAUCAUACACAGCUUUAUAAGUUCACCCCUUUCAAAAUAAAAAGCCUUUAAGUGGACUCUAGGCUUUAUUAGGGA